AUGGCAACCUCCACAAAUGGGAGCAUAGCUCAGAUUCCCAUCACUGUCGAGUUUACUGGCGGGUUGGAGAUCCUCUUUUCCAAUGAGCGCAAACACAAAGUUAUAGUCCCUGGACUCUUGGAGGAUGGGAGCCUGCCAAAUAUCUCAUAUCUACUUCGACACUUGGUUGACAACCUGAUGAAAGACCAGAGAAAGGAACUAUUCGUUAUUGAGGAUAAUGUUCGCCCGGGAAUUCUAGUCUUGAUCAACGAUGCCGACUGGGAACUUGAAGGCGAAGAGGCCUACGAAUUACAAGCAGGGGAUAACAUUGUGUUUGUCUCAACGCUGCACGGAGGCUAG